UGUUAAAAAGGGGCCAUAUUUCAACUUGAAGUGUACACAUUUAGUCAGGCACCUCGUUAGGCAGCUCUCAAACGUCAUUUGUUUUGCCAGCAGCAGCUGCACUCACUCCUCGGUGUGUGUGUGUCUGUGUUUGUGCGUUUCUCGGUAGUUUUGUGUUAUUUUUUACACAAACAGCAAAGAUGUCAUCGCCGCUGUCGAAACCUCAGAUCAUCGCGCACAUCCAGAAGAGUCUGAACUACACCGUGUUCGACAGUAAGUGGAUCCCGUGCAGCGCGAAGUUCGUCUGCCUGGGAAACUUCGCCAGAGGAACCGGCGUGAUGCAGAUAUACGAGGUCCAGCACGGAGAGGCUCAGCUCGUCAAGGAGGUAGAGAAGCCUAAACCCAUAAAGUGUGGGACGUUUGGGGCCACCUCGCUUCAACAAAGACACAUAGCAACUGGGGAUUUUGACGGAAAUCUCAAUAUAUGGAAUCUAGAGAUGCCUGAAGUGCCAGUGUACACUGUAAAGGCACACAAAGAGAUUGUGAAUAGUAUAGACGGCGUUGGCGGCCUGGGGAUCGGCGAUGGUGCACCGGAGAUAGUCACCGGAAGCAGAGAUGGGACAGUGAAGGUGUGGGAUCCCAGACAGAAGGAUUCACCUGUAGCCAACAUGGAGCCCAUGGAAGGGGAAACCAAGAGGGACUGCUGGACUGUUGCAUUUGGUCACGCCUUCAACGAUCAGGACCGCUGUGUGUGUGCUGGCUACGACAACGGAGACAUCAAACUCUUUGACCUGCGGAAUAUGUCUCUACGGUGGGAAACCAACAUUAAAAACGGGGUAUGCUGCGUGGAGUUUGACAGGAAAGACAUCAACAUGAACAAGCUGGUGGCCACCUCACUGGAGGGAAAAUUCCACGUCUUUGACAUGAGGACCCAGCACCUCACCAAGGGCUUCGCCUCUGUUUCCGAAAAGGCUCAUAAGUCGACCAUCUGGCAGGUGAGGCAUUUACCUCAAAACAGAGACAUCUUUAUGACCGCAGGGGGAGCGGGAAACCUACAUCUGUGGAAAUACGAGUAUCCCGCCCAGAGAAGCAAGAAGGACUCGGAUGGCGUGGAGGUGGGCGUAGCUGGCUCCGUCAACCUCUUACAGAAUGUCACUCUGUCCACUCAGCCAAUCGCCAGCCUGGACUGGAGCCCCGACAAGCAGGGCCUGUGCGUGUGUUCGGGCUUCGACCAGUCUGUCCGCGUGCUCAUCGUCACCAAACUCAACGUGGCGUAGCAAAGCAGACUGACGAUGUAGAUCUACGCAGCCUGAUACGAAAUGAGACACGACCGCAGAGUCGCACCAGUAGUGUGUGAAUCACUGCCCCUUUUGUGAGGCUGAAUCCAUUUUUACCUGAACACAACUGUUUCCUACGGUGGGUCUUGGCGGCUGUCCGUUUAGAUUUUGUACAACUGAUACUCAUCUUUAGACGUAUUUGCCAGAAAACCAUUUAACCUAAAAGAAGUGGGAAGUCCUGUCAUCCCUGUAAAAUGUGUAGUGCUUGUCUGAGGCCUGCAGGCUGUGUGCAGAGAAGCAGAACCCCUGUAGCACACUGAUACAUUACCCAUAUCAUGUGAAAGCCUCUAUCGGGAUGAAGAAAUUAGUCAAGAUUUAAUUUCUUUAUCUGUUUCCAUUUUUGUAGGAUGCUCACUGAAACACCCGUCUUUUGUUGCACUAUUGGUGAACUUUGUUCUAAUCCAGUUUUAUCUAUUAACGUCACUUUUGAUAUGUCAUUUUUAUUGAGAACUCUGUUUUCAAAUUAAACGUGCCUUU